GCUCCAUUCACUCCACCUCUCCACACUUCUGCUGUUCUGUUUUGGAUUUCUGCUCUCACAGCAUCACACAGACUCACAACCGCAAUCAUGGCAUCUCCUCAGCAACUCCGCACCACCACGACCGAUCUGCUCAAGAUCCAGCACCCAAUCAUGCUUGCUGGCAUGAACGUGGCCGCUGGUCCUAAGCUCGCCGCCGCUGUGACCAACGCUGGUGGUAUCGGUGUCAUCGGCGGUGUCGGCUACACUCCAGACAUGCUCCGCGAGCAGAUCGCAGAGCUGAAGAGCUUCUUGAACGACAAGAAUGCACCAUUCGGUGUCGAUCUCCUGCUUCCACAAGUCGGUGGUAGCGCACGGAAGACCAACUACGACUACACCAAGGGCAAACUCGACGAGCUCAUCGACAUCACCAUCGGAUCCGGCGCCCGCCUUUUCGUCUCCGCCGUCGGUGUCCCACCAAAGCACGUCGUCGAGAAACUCCACAAGAACGGCAUCCUCUACAUGAACAUGAUCGGCCACCCUAAGCACGUCAAGAAGUGCCUCGAACUCGGCGCCGACAUGAUCUGCGCACAGGGAGGUGAAGGAGGUGGUCACACCGGUGAUGUCCCAACCACCGUUCUCAUCCCAGCAGUCGCCAAGCUCUGCGAAGGCCACAAGAGCCCUAUGACCGGCAAGCCAGUGCAGGUCAUCGCAGCAGGUGGUAUCUUCAACGGACAAUCCCUCGCAGCAGCUCUCGCUCUCGGCGCCAGCGCAGUCUGGGUUGGAACACGAUUCGUCCUUUCCGAGGAAGCCGGCGCACCAAAGUCUCACCAAGAAGCCGUCCGAACUGCAGGCUUCGACGACAACAUUCGCACCAUCAUCUUUACCGGCCGACCGCUCCGCGUGCGCAACAACCCCUACAUUGCCAACUGGGAAGAGAACCGCCAAAACGAGAUCAAGGAGCUCACGAGCAAGGGAACAAUUCCAGUCGAAUGGGACAUGGAGCGUCUUGGAGACGAUGUCGAUGAUGACACUAUGGAUAACGCGCGACCUUUCCUUAUGGGUAAGGCCGCUGCUGUUGUGAACGAGAGGAAGAGUGCACGGGAGAUCAUUGAUGAGAUGGUUGGAGGUGCCGUGAGCAUUAUUCAGGCACACAACUCCCUGAUUGUCAGCAAGAGCAAGUUGUAGAUCAGUCACCAGAUGUGGGGUGGCAAAAAUAUCGGGAGCGAUUUCUCUUUGAUUUGAUGUAUGAAGAGCUUCUUAGAAUUUAACGACUUCGACAGCAUCUUUCAAUGUUCUAGUGGAACAGAUUCUUUUUCAAACUGCUAUCACGCGUGUGACGUGUUCUUAAAAGCCAAACAGCGUGUGCAUACCAUCUGUCAAACGGGACAAUCGCUUGCAAAGCUUCUCGCGACCAUUCAUUGUCAUCUUUGCGCGUCCAUCCGGAUCCUAGCCUCAGAGCACGACCGUGGUGCUCCUAUUGAUUUCACCACCGGACUUCCCGCGCGGCCUGACUUGUGAGCCGUUCGUCAAGGAUCCUAAAGCUGAGCACGCCGCGCAUUCCGCGCUUCGCGCCCCUUUGGUUGUGGUACAGCGAGAUUUUGCUCUAAGGCAUGUCUCACAACUCGUCGCUCCGACCUCAUCCCCAUCUGGCUUUUUUCCCCAAGCUCUGCGUUGCUAGAUAUCUUCUCUUGUUACUCUCUAUGCUGGAUCUUGGCAGUGAUCGAAAAACUGGCUUCCACGCAGAUUGAAGACCGCCAGUAUGCUUGUUGCCUAUCAGAGCAGGGUCACAGAUGGACAUUGUGCGUUGUCCGCUUUGCGCCUGAGCAAGUAUACGCAGGCAGAGGUCGAUCGUGGUCUGUCAACGGCUGCGUCCCACUGCAGCCACGUUCUUCCUUCUCCUCUCCUCUUCCCUCACUCCUAACCAUCAAGGCCUUGCCAUAUGGCCAUGAAUGUCGCAUCUCUUCUGCUCUUCCAUUUGCUGAUGCCUUGUCGCCCAACUCCCAGCACUUCACUUCUCCUUCUCCACAAAAUGAAUCUUGGGUAUAGAAUCCUGCAAUUUCUCCUUAUCUUGCUCCGUAGGCACCAAACCGAAAGCCUGCUCAGCUUUGUCGGAAACAAACAGGCCGAAAGCUCCCCAGGCCAUGAUUGCCCCACCUAAGACCAGUCGUGUCUUUGGUGCGAGGUUGCGGUAGGAUUGCCAGAGGGACAUGGUGGAUCGCGGAGUCGUGAUGGGUG